AUGGGAUUCCUGGACUCAUCCGGGUAUCUGUAUAUCAACGGUCGCAUCAAAGAGAUGAUAAUAAGGGGCGGAGAGAAUAUAUACCCCAAAGAGAUUGAGGACUUCCUGAUGAGCCACCCUUUCGUAGCCGACGCUCACGUGGUAGGAGUUCCUCACAAAAGGUUUGGCGAGGAUUUGGUCGCCUAUAUUAAGCUCAAGAAUAACGGUUCGCUAGAGCCCUGGGAGGUAAUCGAGUUUUGUAAGGGAAAGAUAAGUCACUUUAAAAUACCGCAAAACAUUGAGUUUGUGGACGACUUUCCCCGGACAGUGACCGGUAAAGUGCAAAAGGUUAAGCUCAAAGAAAUCGCUGCCAAACGCUAUAUUUAAUAGACAUUUAAAAUCAAUUUUAUUAAAUAAAUUGUGAAUAAUGAUUUUGUCAUGCUAC